AUGAACUCAAAAUCCGUAUUAAGUGCAACAUUCCUCGUGUUGGUGUUGGCCUGCCUGGCGCAAGCUCGCCAUGCUCCACGCCUCCGCAACCGAAACGUGCAAGUUGACGACGAGGAUGACGUGUCGCCUAUUUACGACAGCGUAGCCGCCCGUCGAGCUCAUCAUAAUGCAGAGCGCGCACUCUCACCAAAACAGGCACGUGUUUUCCCCGGCGCAUUGGCUAUUAAAAAAUUAGUAUUGUUGAAAUUCAAAAAAAUCGUACCCAUCUCGUUGAUUCUCUUGAAGUCGAGCGACGAAAAUGAAGCUGAAUUGGUUCCUGUUUAUCCAACCUCCGAGAUCCCAUCCGAUGUACAGUUCAUUCCAACACCAAACGGCAUCUCCGGACAUCGUGAUGUUCAAGCCAUUGCCAUACCCAGUGAAUUGCAUCAACAACUCGAACUGAAUGGUUUGGCUAAUUUGGAGAGUAUAGAAUCUCUUUUGAACCAAGCUCAAGAAGGUGAUGCUGAAGCGGCGGCUGAAGACAAACCUCUUGCUGUGAUCAAUGAACAGCCCAACCCAGAGGACGAGCUAUUGAACGUGAAGGAAGAUGAUGUAGACCGUUUAUUGAACAAUGUAUCCGUCGAUAAGACCAAGGUUGCGACAGCGGAUGUGCAGGCAGUGCGUCGUUUGGCUGCUGAUGAAUUGGUACGCCCAAGCGUUGUGCGUACAACACAAUUGCAAGCUGGAGUGGAGGAGAUUCCUUUAUUCCUAUACGCUGCCAAGGAUACGCCACAAGUACUCCGUGCUGUCCGCAAGGGAGGAAUUCAACGAGUGAAACAUACCGGACGUCGCAACCAUGCCUAA